CAUAAAACACUCCCUCUUGGUUUUGUUUCACCCACCACUGCCAAAGCUCUCAGAUAUCAAAGUCAAUGCACAGUGGUUGACCAGAGCUUCAUAAGUAGAGAACCAAUGUCCUCCAAAGUCCUGAUGAAUGCCACCUCAUCCUCCAAUAUCACAGAGCCUUCUGUCUACCCGAGUGAGGUGAUGCGUGUCCUGCAGAUGAUUGUGACUGUGAUGAUCUUCCUUUUUGGUGUGUUUCUAAACAGUCUGGUAGUCUGGGUGCUGGGGGUUCGAACUGGCAACCGGAACAGGGGAGCAACUGGCGAAACACAGGGCGCUGGAAGCUUUCGGAUCUAUGUAGUGAACCUGGCGCUCGCUGAUUUAGUGCUGUUGCUACGUACACCGUUAAUGCUAUCCUACUUGGUGCACAACUUCAACUGGACUUUGGGAGAACGCGUAUGCAAGCUGGUCAUGUACUUACGCUGCCUUGGAUUGUAUGCAAGUGCAUUUUUGCUGUGCGCUGUGGCAGUGGAGCGCUGCUUGUGUCUUCUCAGACCUGUCUGGGCUCGACUGAGGCGGCCACGCUGGGCCGUGUUACUAGCCUGCGCUGCAAUCUGGGUGUUAGCUGCACUCCUGGCUUUGCCCUACAUAUAUGCAGCUAAACUCUUUUCCUGGGAGAACCGCACCGCAUGCAUAGAAAGUGAGUUAGGAGCUGGACAAGCCUUGGUUGUAGUGGAGACGAUGGCAGGCUUCUUGCUACCUCUGGUAAUCUUCUUGUCCUGCAAUAUUGCAGUGUUGUUUUGCGCAAAGAAGGCUGAGGCUGGAGUGGCAACAUCCCCGGUGUCAUCACCUACGUCUUCAUCUGGACCAGGUUACACAUCCCAACGGCUAACACGUCUCUACCGGGUACUGUUCCUCACCAUGCUCCUUUUUCUUACCUGCUGGGUGCCGUACUUCACCUGCCGCUUCCUAAAGGCUCUUUCGCAUAAGCGUCCAAACUGGGAAAAGCUCAACAAGGGGGCAACUGGAGGUGCUUACAUUGCACUGUUCCUGGUUUACAUCAAGAGUGCACUAAACCCCAUUCUGUACGUGUUUGCAGCUCGCGGACUAGGCCGCACAGUUCGCGCCUCACUUCUCUCGACAAUUGAACGAGUCUUCAAUGAUGAAAUGUCAGAAUCUUUACGAAAGAAGUCCCUACGGAGAAGAGACUCACAGUUUUAGGGGACUCUUGAAGCGGUUUACUGUAAAUGAAUGAUCUGCUACCAGCUCUAAGUUUCAUAGAGGUCAAAAGAGUAUGGAAAGUUGGACCAGAAGAUCUGCUUGUUGACACAGCAUCUUGGACAACUUUGAUGAACAUUUUCUAGUUGAUCAUAUUGACAACAGGCAGGUAUAGAACACAUUGUGCAGUGCAAUCCACUUUACAUUACAUAAAAUGGAAACACUCUGCAAGAGACUGGGACAUUUUUCAACCAUUCACUGGACAUAUAUAUUUUUUGGAGUCUUUGAAGUACUUGACAGGCUUUAUUAUCUUUUAAAUUAGUUGUAAUGCAAUAAUGCUGCCUUUGCAUUUCAGGAACCUAAUAGCAAACAAAAUAAUGACGUCAAGAUAUGGGUUCUCUUAUGGGCAUUUACAAUUAAGUAGUAUGAUAAAAGGCAUGUGUAGCCUGAUUACUGGGAAUAAAUUAUCCAUUAAUAAAGCUAAAGACAUAUUCUCUCUCUAUGAAUUUAGAACAUGGCCUUUAAGUUUUGAGGUGAACCCUUUUAUUGGGGAAACAUUUAAAAACAAAAUAAACAUUUUAAAAGUUACUUUCAGUUUCAAAGUUUAAAACAACAGAUCAAACAUAAAAGGAAGCAAGAAUGUGAACUGCUGUACUGAUGCAAACUUGACAAAUUUACAUCUUAAAGACUAUGACUUGCAAGAACAAGUUGUUGAUCAACUUACUGAUUAAAGCCGUACAAAGAGCA